ACUGGCACUGGCUCCCCCGGCGGCACUCAACUCCCUCCUCCCCCAGAACCAUCAUCCCUCAUUCCUUCCACCCUCACUUCUUUCUCAUUUCCCCCAAACUACUGUCACCUGUCUUGCAAACAUGGCUGACGCUUUGAAAGCAGAGGGCAACAAGGCCUUUUCUGCAAAGGAUUAUCCUACUGCUAUUGACAAGUUCUCCCAGGCUAUUGAAGUUGAGCCUUCCAACCACAUCCUCUACUCUAACCGCUCCGCUGUAUAUUCCGCGCAACAUGAAUACCAGAAGGCUCUCGAGGAUGCCAACAAGGCUACGGAUCUGAAGGCGGACUGGUCCAAGGGCUGGAUCCGCAAAGGUGCUGCUUAUCGCGGUCUGGGCGAUCUCCUGGCUGCCCACGACGCAUACGAAGAGGCUCUGAAGCUGGAACCCACCAACGACCAGGCUAAGAAUGGCUUCAACGCUGUCAAGAGGGCCAUCGAUGCCGAAGCCCAGGCCGACGGUGUGACGGGCGAUCCCAUGGGAGGACUCGGCGGAAUGUUCAACGAUCCCCAGCUCUUCCAGAAGCUCGCCGGCAACCCCAAGACCGCUCCCCUGCUGGCUGACGCCGACUUCAUGGCCAAGCUCAAGCGCCUGCAGCAGAACCCCAACGACAUCGGUCAAGAGAUCGGCGACCCCCGCUUCUUGCAGGUCAUGAGUGUGUUGCUGGGUAUCGAUAUGAACUUUGGAGCUCCCCCGGCGGAGGCCGCUGCUUCCUCUAGCGCUGCGCAGGAGGCGGAGGAGGAUGUGCCUAUGCCCGAUGCUCGUCCCGCUGCUCCCAAGAAGGAGCCCGAGCCCGCCCCGGAGCCCGAGCCUGAGGAUGAGGAGGCCCUCGAGAAGAAGAAGGCCCAGGAGGCCGCCGAUGCCGAGAAGAAGCUUGGUAACGAUUUCUACAAGAAGAGAGAGUUUGAUGAGGCUAUUGAGCACUACAGCAAGGCCUGGGAGCUGCACAAGGACAUCACCUACCUGAACAACCUCGGUGCCGCCAAGUUCGAGAAGGGCGAUCUUCAGGGUGCCAUUGAGACCUGCCAGAAGGCUGUCGAGGAGGGUCGUGAGCUCAGAGCCGACUUCAAGGCCAUUGCUAAGGCCUUCGCGCGUAUCGGUACCGCAUACGAGAAGCUUGGCGACCUCAGCCAGGCCAUCGAGUUCUACCACAAGGCGCUGACUGAGCACCGUACUCCCGAUGUUCUCACGAAGCUGCGCAACGCGGAGAAGGCCAAGGCCAAGGCUGAGAAGGAGGCCUACGUCGACCCUGCCGAGGCCGAGAAGGCCCGCGAACUCGGCCAGGCCAAGUUCCAGGAGGGUGACUGGCCCGCUGCCGUGGAUGCCUUCACCGAGAUGACCAAGCGCGCCCCCGAGGACCCCCGCGGGUUCUCCAACCGCGCUGCGGCUCUCAUCAAGCUGAUGGCUUUCCCCCAGGCCGUGCAGGACUGUGACGAAGCUACCAAGCGGGAUCCCAAGUUCAUUCGGGCGUACAUGCGCAAGGCGCAGGCUUUGGUUGCCAUGAAGGAGUACAACAAGGCUCUGGAUGUCUGCACGGAAGCUUUGGAGCACGACGACGGUACUCACGCCCGGGAGAUCGAGCAGCAGCAGCAGAAGUGCUUGGACGCUCAGUUCAGCGCCCGUGCCGGCGAGACCGAGCAACAGACGAUGGAGAGAAUCCAGAACGACCCUGAGAUCAUGUCCAUCCUGCAGGACCCUAUCAUGCAGACCAUCCUCCAGCAAGCCAAGAGCGACCCCGCCGCCCUCCAGGAGCACAUGAAGAACUCCCAGGUGCGGAUGAAGAUCCAGAAGUUGAUGGCCGCGGGCGUCAUCCGCAUGGGUCGGUGAGCAAGCCAGUAGUGGAAGGAGGCAGUGGUGAUGGGGAUACGGAUGGGCGAAAUUUGUGACUUGCGAUUAUCAUUUAAUCUGUUAUGAAAAGCGUUCUCUAUGGCGCCCUCUUGAUGUAUUUUUUUCUCGUUGUUACUUUACGGCAGUGACGAUGCAUUUGAUAUCAGAUCGAUGAAAUGACAUGCUUUGAGAUGU